AUGUCUUUUCAACGUCAACAGUCGUGCGGCAUCUGCACGAUGUUCCCCUCGUGCAUGUCCCUGCUGCCGCGGCGGAACGAGCCGCGACCGCCGCGCCCCGGCCAGGCGCCCGUUGUGCUCAACGUCUACGACAUGUACUGGACCAAUUGGUACACAGCCGGCGCGGGCGUGGGCGUGUUCCACAGCGGCGUGCAGGUGCACGGCUCCGAGUGGGCGUACGGCGGCCACCCGUACGCGUUCACCGGCGUCUUCGAGAUAGCGCCCCGCGACGAGCGCGAGCUGGGCGAGCAGUUCCGCUUCAGGCAAAGCGUGCACAUAGGCUACACGGACUUCAGCGAGGACGAGGUGCGGCGGUUGGUGAACGAGCUAGGGAAGCAGUUCCGAGGUGACAGAUACCACCUCAUGAACAACAAUUGUAAUCACUUCACGUCGGCGUUCUGUUUGGCGCUGUGCGAUCGCGACAUCCCCGCGUGGGUGAACCGGCUCGCUUACGUCAGUUCCUGCGUGCCGUUCCUACAACGAUGCCUGCCCAAGGAAUGGCUGACCCCAGCCGCGUUGCAACACUCGCUCGCGGCACAUUCGCGCUCCUCCUCGCCCAAUACGCCCCAA